GAUUGAGGUUUGGUUGUCUUUAGCAAACAUGUCUGACAGUUUCCUCUGUUAUAUCGGACAAACAGACUCAUGUACUCCCGCGUGUGUCCUCUUUUAAAACGAUAAUAAGAUGUUUGUGCUCUUUUAAAGUUUAAUAAGAGGUAAAUGUCCAAAGACGUGCGGCGGCGGGGCGCGGGUCAGUAUCGACCCGGACCCAGACCGAGCCAUGGGGACACCAGGGACAGGUCCGGACUGAGCCAUGGGGACAGCAGGGACAGGUCCGGCAGUACCAGCUCUGGGUCCUCUCAUGGAGGCGGCAGAAGCAAGAACUCAUCUAUGAAUGCUCUGAAGGCGUCUUUCACACGCUCCAACAGUCAUGAUAAAGUGAGGAAGAUCGUUGCAGAGGAAGGACGUGCAGCUCGAAACCUCAUCGCAUGGAAUGUUCCCCUGGAGACUAAGGAAGAGGAAGCCAAGUCCAAAAACAGCUCAAAAACGCAGAGAGCUGGAUCUGGACAGCAGCGGAGCAGGAAGAAUGUUGGGGUCGACAGCAAAAGCGCCUCUGUUUUACUGGACAAAGGCGUGGAGAAGAGUCCUUCAAAGAACAGACAGCCUCGUAAAGUGGACCUGCGCGCUCGCUAUUGGGCAUUCCUCUUUGAGAACCUGAGGAGAGCUGUGGACGAGAUCUACGUCACCUGUGAAUCAGAUCAGAGUGUGGUGGAGUGCAGGGAGGUGCUGAUGAUGUUGGACAACUAUGUUCGGGAUUUCAAAGCUCUGAUUGACUGGAUCCAGCUCCAGGAGAAGUUGGAGAACACGGACUCUCAGAACAGGCCGACGUCUUUGGCCUGGGAGGUACGGAAGAUGUCCCCUGGGCGCCACGUGAUGGCGAGCCCUUCAGCUGAUAGAAUUGUGCCAUCUCCAGGCGCUCGGCGUGCACUCAACUUUGGGGGUCCUCCUCCUUCACUGGCUGCAGCUCGACUCUCUCACACUGGCCCCAGUUGGGCAGAUAGAGUCAAGUGUUCUCAGUCGCUGCCACACCACGGUCAAACUACAGUCUCACAGGCAGAGAAACCAGCCAAAAAGGAUGCAGAGGGGUGGGAGACUGUGCAGCGUGGACGUCCCGCCAAACCUCGCUCUGCCACAAUGAUCGCCAAGGUCAGCCCGGUCGUGGCCCAAGCUCCUCCCAAAACCGAGCAGACCAGGGCCAAAGCACCUCACCCACAGCCACAGGAACCGGCCGCGCCCCAACCCCAGUGUCAGGACCCCAAACCAGCGGAGCACGACCUGGAGAAGGAGGCUCCAAAGAGCGGUGACGCUCUGGAGCCACAGUCCAUGGCUGAAGUCUUGGCUAAAAAAGAGGAAUUAGCCGAUCGACUUGAAAAAGCAAACGAAGAAGCCAUCGCCAGCGCCAUCGCAGAGGAGGAGCAGCUGACCCGAGAGAUCCAGGCGGAGAACAGCAAGCUGGAGACGGACAACGAGAGCGACUUUUCUAUGAGCAUUGGCAGUGUUAGCGGUGGAGCAAAUAUUGAAUGGAGCGAGAUGCUGGCAGACUACGAUGCGAGGGAGACGUGGCGGCAGAGCACGUCCUGGGGGGACAUGGUGGAGGAGGAACCGGCUCGACCUCCUGGGCACGGGAUCCACAUGCACGAAAAACUGUCCUCGCCAUCGCGUAAGAGAACCAUCGCAGAGUCUAAGAAGAAACAUGAGGAGAAACAGCUGAAGGCACAACAGCUGAGGGACAAACUCCGAGAGGAAAAGACGCUCAAACUGCAGAAGCUUUUGGAGAGGGAGAAAGAUGUGAGGAAAUGGAAAGAGGAACUGCUGGAGCAACGUCGGAAAAUGAUGGAAGAAAAACUGCUGCACGCUGAGCUGAAACGGGAGGUGCAGCUUCAGGCCAUUGUCAAAAAGGCACAAGAAGAAAAAGACAAGGUGAAUGAAAUCGCGUUCAUCAACACUCUGGAAGCCCAAAACAAGAGGCACGACGCUCUGGCCAAACUGACCGAGUACGAGCAGCGCCUGAACGAACUCCAAGAAGAACGCCAGAGAAGACAGGAGGAAAAACAAGCCCGCGACGAGGCCGUGCAGGAGAGAAAGCGCGUCCUGGAGGCGGAGCGGCAGGCGAGGGUGGAGGAGCUGCUCACGAAGAGGAAGGAGCAGGAGGCGAGAAUAGAACAACAACGACAAGAGAAAGAGCGAGCGCGAGAGGACGCCGCCAGAGAGCGAGCCAGGGAUCGUGAGGAGCGUCUGGCAGCUCUGAGUGCAGCUCAGCAGGAGGCGAUGGAGGAGCUGCAGAAGAAGAUUCAGAUGAAGCAUGAUGAAAGCAGCAGACGGCACAUGGAGCAGAUGGAGCAGAGGAAAGAGAAGGCGGCGGAGCUGAGCAGUGGACGUCACGCCAACACGGACUACGCCCCUAAACUCACGCCGUACGAACGAAAGAAGCACUGCUCCCUCUGCUCUGUGCUGAUCACGUCAGAGGUUCACCUGUUCAGCCACACCAAAGGCAAGCGCCACCAACAGGCCGUACGGGACAGCAGCAGCAUUCAGGGCCGAGAGCUGUCUGACGAGGAGGUGGAGCACCUUUCCUUAAAGAAGUAUAUUGUCGACAUAGUGACAGACGGCUCUGUGUCCUCUGAGAACACGAAGGACGCGGAGGAACGGCAGAAAGCUCGAAAGAAGGCGAAGAAACUGAGAGCGCGAAUGAACUCCAGGGCCAAGGAAUAUGAGACGUCGCAGGAGGCGAAGGCGCAGGUCCCCGACUCGCCGUACAAGGCCAAGCUCCAGCGGUUGGUCAGAGAUCUCCUGAAGCAGCUGCAGGGUCAGGACACCGGUCAGUGGAGCAGCAGCCGAGUCUCAGCUCUGGACCGAACUCUGGGCGAAAUAUCACGAAUUUUAGAGAAACAGAACAACGCAGACCAAGUGGCUUUCCAGGUGGGCGGAGGUCUUCUGGCUCUGGAGCAGAUCUUACAGGUCAUCACUGCCGUGUCCAGCCCCAGCGCGGCGCCGCGUGUCCCCGUCAAGUCUCUGUGUGCUGCAGUAAACACUUAUUAUCUGGCCUGCGCCUCCUGCCCUCCCACCUGCUCCUUCGUCCUGUUUAGCAACAAGAUCACCCUCCUCAUGGACCUGCUCCUGCACCAGCUCACGCUCUUCGUUCCAGACGAGGAUAAGUCCAUAUUCGGACGCACUGUAAACAAACUGGUGUUUGAAGGUUUGACCACAGGUCUGCUGCAGACCAUUUCCUCCAUCCUCUCGACCCUUUGGCCUCCUUUUAAUGAAAGUGGAGAAAGAGUCUCCUCCCCAGACGCUAAAAAUAAGAAUUCUGCCUCAGACGCCUUCAACACUCGCACCCAAGACCUCAUCAGCUACGUGGUCAACGUGGGUUUAAUCGAUAAACUGUACGGCGUCUUCUUGUCUGUCCAAAGUCCCGUCGACGAUUGUCCUAAAAUGUCUUCAUUUCUUCGAGAAGCGUCCGCUCUGCUCCACAACAUUUGUAAACUGUGCUUUGUGGUAACUGGACGCGCUGCCAGUAUAUUUGACAACAAGCGUCAGGACCCAUGUGGCCUGAGCAGCCUCCUGCAGAGCACAGACCUGGUGGGCGUGGUCCACACUCUUUACUCCAUCCUGUUGCACACGUUCCCCGAGUCGUCGUCCCACUGUCAGGAGCCGUACAGCUCCGGGGUCAUACAGGUGGCUCUGAACGGCAUCCGCUUCCUCAACAGCUUCGCCCUGCUCGACCUGCCAGCCUUCCAAUCCAUUCUAGGCGCUGAGGGCUUGUCUCUGGCGUUCCGUCACGUGGCCAGUUCGCUGCUGUGGUACUGCAGCCAGCACUCGUCACAGGCGCUACUGCACGACGUCAUCAUCUGCGUCGGCUACUUCACCGUCAACCACCCGGACAACCAGGGGAUGGUACAGUCGGGUCGUCAGCCCAGCGUCCUGCAGAGACUCUGUCAGUUGCCGUUUCAGUAUUUCAGUCACCCGGGCCUCAUCCGCGUCCUCUUCCCCUCGCUCAUCUCCGCCUGCUACAACAACACCCACAACAAGGUCAUCCUCCAGCACGAGAUGAGCUGUGUGCUGCUGGCCACGUUUAUACAGGACUGUGCUGCAAACGAGAAAGAGUCCGACAACAAAACCAAGCAGGCGGUUCCUCUGGUGCCGGACUAUGGGGAGCUGUCUGUUCGUUUUCCCAGAGAUCAGUGGGACUCUGCGCUCAAGUUCUUCCUGCAAAAGGAGCCGUCAUAAACACUACACUUCUGCUUGUUUCCGUCACUCAUUUUGGAUCAGGUUUUGCCUUUGCACACCACACGCUCCACUCAUUACGCUGUUAAAUCGUUAUACUGGUUAAAGUUUAUAGUUUAAGCUGUUUUAUUAAUAUAUAAGUUUAAACGUGUGAAUGCUGUAAUCCCAUAACGGUGAAUGUUUUGUUUCUUCUGUUGGGAAAAUCCUUGUACAUGUGUAUUCUCAUGUUGUGUUCCAUUUUGUUUUUGUGGCUGCACUAAAUAAAUGUUUAUUUAUUGGUU